AUGGGAAGCAAGACCCUGCCGGCCCCUGUGCCUCUUCAUCCAUCUUUGCAGCUGGCCAACUACUCCCUCCUCCAGAGUUCCAACGGCCUCCAGCUCCCUGCCUCUGUGACUGCCGCUGACCACAUGCCCAAUAUCUACAGUUUCAGCGCUCUGCAUGCUGUUCACCUGCACCAGUGGACCCUGGGCUACCCUCCCUUUGCCCUGCCCCGCUGCACUUUUUCCAAGUUGCCUGGUCUGGUGGACACCAGCCGCUUUCCUCUGCCUUCUAUCCCCCUGUUUCCUCAUCUCAUCCAGCCAGCUAAGCAAGACUCACCUGGUGCAGCUGCUACAACCAACACCAAAAGCAAGCCUCGCUUUGACUUCGCCAACCUGGCUGUGGCUGCCACACAGGAAGACCCGCUGAAAGCAGAGGACCUGAGCACCAACGGUGGAGGUGGGCAACCCCGUCCGCCCUCACUAGGCUGCCUGUUGGACGUGUCCAAGUUGUCACCAGAGAGGAAGCCCAGUCGGGGUCGUCUGCCUUCAAAGACCAAGAAAGAGUUUGUGUGCAAGUUCUGUGGUCGGCAUUUUACCAAGUCGUACAACCUGCUAAUCCACGAGAGGACACACACAGACGAGAGGCCAUAUACGUGCGACAUCUGCCACAAGGCCUUCCGAAGACAGGAUCACCUGAGGGACCACAGAUAUAUCCACUCUAAAGAGAAGCCCUUCAAAUGCCAGGAAUGUGGCAAAGGCUUCUGUCAAUCCAGAACACUGGCAGUCCACAAAACAUUGCAUAUGCAAGUCAAGGAAUUGAAGCCUGCCAAGAUAAAGUGA